AUGGCACUGAGGGUACUAGAAAUCAACAUAAAGAAGUCAAUGGAAUGUAAUAUUGAUUUCAAUGGUGAGAGAGGGUUUGAAAUUAGUGAUGGGCCAUAUCAACAUACUGUUGAUUUGAGAAAUAGAACUUGCAGUUGUAGGGCCUGGAUGCUCAAGGGAAUACCAUGUCAACAUGCCCUUGCUGCCAUAUUAUAUAAGAAGUAUGAACCCAUUGAGUUUGUUGAUAGUUGCUACAGUAAGGAGACCUACUUGAGGACUUAUUGUCAUUUUCUUCAACCAGUUACUAAUAUGAAAAUGUGGCCCGAGUCCAAUAACCCCUAUGUUGCACCACCAGUUGUAAAGCCUAUGCCAAUGGACCAAAGAAGGUCAGGAGAAGAGAAGCCACUGAGUCAAAAAGAUAUGCAUAUAAGGUCAGCUGAUGUUAUUGGGGACCUUGGUCACAAAGCAAGGACUGGAGUGAGGUGGAAGGGCCAAGCAGCAAUGACAUCAAGCCAGCUUGAAGAGAUGAGGGUAAAGAAAAGGAAAAAAGUGACAGCAACCCAGAACUCGCAGACAAAGGAUCCAUAG